CGCGCCGCCGCCGAGUGUCAGAUUCUGCGCCGCCGCCUGCGUUCAUCCGUCCGCCCCGCGCUCUCCGGGUCUCCGCGGCCGCAGCCCCCGCUAUGGCGCACUCGGCGGCUGCCGUGCCGCUGGGCGCGCUGGAGCAGGGCUGCCCCAUCCGCGUGGAGCACGACCGCCGGCGCCGCCAGUUCACCGUCCGGCUCAACGGGUGCCAUGACCGUGCUGUCCUGCUGUAUGAGUAUGUGGGCAAGCGAAUCGUGGACCUUCAGCAUACAGAGGUCCCCGAUGCCUACCGUGGUCGUGGCAUUGCCAAGCACCUUGCCAAGGCCGCCCUGGACUUCGUGGUGGAAGAGGAUCUGAAGGCCCAUCUCACAUGCUGGUACAUCCAGAAAUACGUCAAGGAGAACCCCCUGCCGCAGUACCUGGAGCGCCUGCAGCCGUGACCACCUGGCAAGCGCCCUGCGGCCUUCCCUCCACGCGGACUGCCAGGCCGCGUGCUCUCAGGACCCUGCUCCCACCACUGGGAACAGGCUCAAAGUUAUUUUUGUAAGAAUGCUCAUCCUGCCCAGGUCCAGGUGCCUGAAGGUGGCUGCCUGAGGCUGGGCACUGUAGUGACUGAGAGAAGGGGAGGACAGGUGGCCAUGGACCCCACAGCCCCCACCUGUGAAGGCCCUCCAGCUUGCACAGACCUGUGGGCACUGCAAGGGGGUUGGGACCAACUGGAGCCCUGCUCUGUGGUCAGCAGGGGCCAGCGUGGGACUCCUGCCACCAUUCGCAAGAGCUGUGUCCUGUCUGCAGAUAAGGAGGACGCUCCCCAGAGCUGAGAGGGGCAAUAAGAGACUUGAUGUGCCAACUUCCAAGGGUGGUAGUACCAAGCCUCAGCUGCCACCAGCACUACCCACUUCUCUUUCUCAGUCUUUAGUGCCCUGGUACAAGUGGCAGAGCCACAGUAGAGGGCAACAGCCCUAAUGUGAGAGGUGGUGGAUGGAACUCCUGCCCAGGCUUCACUGUACACGUGCUCACACCAACACAUGUGCCCAGGAUAGGGGUGUGGACAGGCUGGGCCAGUGAGUCGCUUCCUCCUCUUUGUACCCUCAUCUUCCAUCACUCUGCAGAAAAACAAGGUCAUCCCCUCCCCUGAGAGCUACUACCCUACCCCCAUCUGCCAGACCCUGGAGACUCUUGAGUGGCAACAGGCCCAUACACAUCCCAGAGUCCCAGCCCUCACUGGCCUUUUUGCCACCAGCUGUCUGAUCUUUCUUGAGUGAACUCACCUUAGAACUGGGGGGAGGAAGGAGGCGUUUCACCCCCAGCAAGCACCAUUCUCACUCAAGAGGAAGGAGCAUUUCAGCCCAAGGGAUUUCCUUGCUGCCUCCAGGCACCAGAGACUUGUUCUCUUUUGUGGCCAGCUAUGGCCAAGCCUGUCUCAAGUCCCAGGGCCCCUCCCAAACCAGCCCUCCUGACAUUCUGGGGAGGAUCACUGAAUAUACCUUGGCCCUGAGGUACCCACCUCCCUUUGGGGACUGGUUAGGGCUUAGCUUCUUGAUGCCUGCUUCGUUCUCCACAAGGGUUAAAUUCAGUUCUCAAGAGAGCUGGGGGUGCAUGACCCAGGAGUCAGAGUUCCUUUGGGAUAAGGUGUUAGUCAACAGUAAAUCCCUUCCCAGGGCACUGAGGGUGUCCCAGCAAGAGGCUGACAGGCCCCCCACUCCCUGUAGUGCACAAUCCCAAGUAGGGUGGCUGCUGGGGAGCUGGUUGCUGUGAUGGCUCUCCCUUGGGUGCUGGCCUCACCUGUGGACUCCCACUCUCCUUCCCCAGACACACCUGGAGUGCUGGCGUCUGCAUGCACACAUGAGGCGUCACAGGGCUGGCUAGCAGCAGUCACCACCCUUGACACUCUUACCCCUGUACGUCCCCAGUUUGGCCUCCAGGAGAGCCUGGGGUCCUACACCUUCCCCCAUCCUCAGCUUGCUGAGUACUCUUAAGGACCAGAGAACCUUGGAUGUCCAGGGAAAAGUUGCCAGAACGCAUGUCCGCUGGGGAGCUCCAUUCCCAUGCAAGUUAAGAAAAGAGCAGAUUAUGGCUCCCCUUCCGAGCAGUCAGUCACACUUGCUGGCCAAAGUAGGCACCUUCCCCUUCUGCCUUGGGCCAUCUAGGUUGGGGUCCUCAAGUCCCCCCUCCCUCCCUCCCUCCCUCCCUCCCUAAGAGCACCUCUGAAGUUCUGUCACAGGUUGUCCUGCCUCCAGUCACUCAGUGAGCUGGGGCCUAUAUGAUGAGGUGGCCCAGGUGCUUUGGCCUACCCAUAGCAGAGUCCUCACAGCUGCAGUGUGAGUGGUCUCCACAGGGGGCCCCAAGGCAGCUGCUGGCCCUACUCUCCCUGCCCCAAACUUGAGAUCCCUCACUGUCCCAACAGCAGGGCCCUUCCUGUGAAGGCUGUGAGCCCACAGAACAGUACUUGAAUAAGGAGGCUUGAGGUGGUAGAAGGCCUGGAGGACUCUGGCCCAGAAAGAAUGGCUCGGGCAUCCUUGGCAGUUUUUUCUGCGUGUUCCCACAGGUUAACCCAAGCAUUCUUAGUUCCUCAGGCUGCCUUAAAGUACCACUGGCCCCAUUCUGGGGGCUCGUUAGGGCUGUGCCAGACGCCCCGAGGUUCCUGUGGGGCAUUGUGGUGGCGGAAAUAGCCACAUCACCCACCCUGGAGCCAUAACCCAAUUCAGCCCCUUUGGUGCUACCCCCAUCGGUCCCAACCUCACCCGAGUCCUUGCAGGAGCUGGCUGCUGAAACCCUUGGUUAAGCCAAAGGCACAGGGACCCUUGCCCACCCCAGCAGGUUGCCACAGGGUUCAUGCUCCCCUGUGCUUUCUCUGUCUAUAGAGCAGUAACUCAUGUGCCUUUCCCACUCAGGAGCUGCACCAGUGGUAUUGGGGCCAAUGUCAUUUUGCAGGCUUCCAAAUCUAUCACAAGGCAUACAUUCAGUGGAUGGCACGGGCCUGCAGGACUUUCCCCAGGCCCUGCGCGCAAUCCUGUGCCAAUUGGAUAGGUUGCCAAUUUUUAACUGAACGGACUGGGACAGCGUGAGGAAGUUGGGGAGCUCUGGGGUGAGAAAGAGCAGAGAUGGGCUGUGUAGGUGGUCUUUGCCCUCCUACUGGGGGGCGGGCAGGAAGGCCCGGGCUAAAAAGCCUGGGCCUCCAGGAACAAACUGCCAGCAGGAGAGGUGUCAGCUGCGGUGCUCCAUUUUUGCACAGGUUAAGAAAAGAGCAGAUCUGGGGAUUGAACUCUGGCACACUCGUCACUGAGCUGCAUCCUCAGCCCAUUUGAUUUUUCACUUUAGGACAGGGUUUCUCUAAGUUGCUGAGACUGGGCAUGAAUUUGGAGUCUUUCUGCCUCAGCCUCUCUCAGUGUUGGAUUGUAUAGCUUCUUAUUUUUUGAACAUCACCAUGUGUGUGUGGGGAGCAGCCCCACUUUCCAGGAGUGGAAGACAAGACUAAGGGACCCAGAAAGGUAGUAGCAGUGGCAUCAGAUUCCAUUCCCAGCCUGGGCAAUUUAACUGAUCUCAUCACUUCUGUCCUGGGCACCGCAGCCUGGCCCGCCCCUCCCCCAGGCCCGCAGUCCAGCCCUGAUAUUUUAGCCUCUUACACAAGAGCUGUGUUGGUCCUAAACAGUCUUCAGAGACUUCUGGUCCAGAGCAGGGAGGUGAGGCCCAGACUUGCUUGAACACAGGCCCAUCAGGGAGCAGCAGCCAGGCUUCUAGAACCCAGAAGCACGGAAGUUGUGCACCAUGCCAAAGCCCACAUCCCUGCUUCCCGGCUGCCAACAUGUGCACAACUCCUGAAUAGGAAUUUUUCUUCUUAGUUCCCACUGUGGAAUUGGAUGGCUGCCCCAACGAAAAGGGAGGAGGCCACAGUCAGCAAGCCCUUCAUUAUCUUACCCCAUUAAUUCCCACAGUAGUUCUGAGAGGUACUAACUCUGGGCCUGUUGAACAGAUGAAGCUGAGGUUCAGGGUGAUGGAGUUUCCAGUCUUUGGCCACACAGCUAGAGGAUUCUGGGGCCAAGCCUAGUUCCUGUCUUCUAGAUGGUGGUGCCGAACCUAUGUGUUGUGGUCUUAUGUCUACUUAGGUGACAGGUUGCAUCAGAAAGCAAUAAAACCUUCAGCAACUUGAUGCUCAUUUGGAGAGCUGAGCUGGGGCUAUGUGUUGAGCUGUCAGGUGUAGGGUGAUGGAGCGUGCCCGGCCAGCAUGGGCACGGCUAAAUCCUAUGGGGAGCUAGUGUCAGAGCUGGAAUAUUCUUGGAGCACCUGGCUGUGUUUCUCACUGUCUUCCCUCAGUUCAGGAUUUUCAGAUUUGCCUGUGUCCACCCAGACAUCUUUCUACUAUUCUCAGGGUCCCACUCCUUUCAGAUCAGUGCCCUAAAUUUCAUGUGAGAGAUCCGACAAGGCUGUGAAUUCAACUCGUGUUGCAACUCUGCAACCUGCAGGAUCAAAUCUAGGGUUGUUUUCAGUUGUAUCCGUCCUAUGGCUACAAGAUAUUAAAGAUGCUUUUCUGGUUGUCAAAGGUA